GAGAUCGCAGUUUACUGGAAGGAUUAUCGCUCGCUGUGCGCCCUGAAGUACCUGAAGCUGGAGGAGUUCCUGGACAACCAGAAGCACCGAGUCCAGGUGGAGCUGGAGCCUCAGGGCCUGCUGCUGGCUGAGGUGACCUUCUUCAACCCGGUCAUCGAGAGAGUUCCUCGCCUCCAGAGACAGAAGAAGGUCUUCUCAAAGCAGCACGGGAAGGCGUUCCUUCGGGCGCGUCAGAUGAACGUGGACAUCGGGACGUGGGUGCGGCUGCUCCGGAACGCCAUCCCCACGGUGAACAACUCUGGAACCUACAGUCCCAACGCUCACAGCCUGAGUCUGGGCCCCGGGGAGAUCUCAGUGGAGAAACUGAGUCUGGACAACGAGUCUCCGAUCAGAGGAGACUACCGGAGAGAGACGGACACUGUGACUCCACUGAGGCAGACAGAGAGGGAGGACAGUCGGGAUGUGGGGGAGGACCCCCCAGCGGACAUCGAGUCCCUCUCUCCUCUGGUCCCCGAGUCCCCUGUCCGAACCCCGUCCGCCGGCAGGCAAAGGAAAGGACCGCUGUCCCUGCAGGACUUCAGGCUGAUUGCUGUGUUGGGGAGGGGCCACUUUGGGAAGGUGCUGCUGUCGGAGUACAGGAAGACGGGCACCAUGUACGCCAUCAAAGCCCUGAAAAAAGGUGACAUCAUCGCUCGGGAUGAGGUGGACAGUCUGAUGUGUGAGAAGCGCAUCUUUGAGACGGUCAACGUGUCUCACCACCCCUUCCUGGUCAACCUGUUUGCGUGCUUCCAGACGCCGGAGCACGUUUGCUUCGUGAUGGAGUACACGGCGGGAGGCGACCUGAUGAUGCACAUCCACACGGACGUCUUCACGGAGCCCCGAGCCGUCUUCUAUGCUGCCUGCGUUGUUCUUGGACUCCAGUUCCUUCAUGACCAUAAGAUUGUGUACAGAGACCUGAAGCUUGAUAACCUGCUGCUGGACACCGACGGCUACGUGAAGAUCGCAGACUUUGGGCUGUGUAAAGAAGGGAUGGGCUUUGGGGACCGGACCAGCACGUUCUGUGGGACGCCGGAGUUUCUGGCCCCAGAGGUCCUGACGGACACGUCUUACACCAGAGCCGUGGACUGGUGGGGGCUCGGGGUCCUCAUCUAUGAAAUGCUGGUGGGGGAGUCGCCGUUUCCUGGUGAUGAUGAAGAGGAAGUGUUCGACAGCAUCGUGAACGACGAAGUCCGCUACCCCCGCUUCCUCUCCACGGAGGCCAUCGGCAUCAUGAGACGACUCUUACGGAGGAAUCCGGAGCGACGGUUGGGAUCCGGGGAGAAGGAUGCAGAGGAAGUGAAGAAGCAGCCAUUUUUCAGAAACGUGGACUGGGAGGCUUUGCUGCAGAAGAAGGUCCCGCCUCCCUUUGUCCCCUCUAUCCGCGGCAAGGAAGACGUCAGCAACUUCGACGAAGAGUUCACCAUGGAGCCCCCGGCGCUGACGCCCCCGCGGGAGCCGCGCACGCUCUCCCGCAGAGACCAGGAGAGCUUCGGGGACUUUGAUUACGUCUCUGAUCUCUGCUAGAGAAGCGGGACCAGGGAAGAACGUCAGAUUGUCUGCGAGGCGCCGUCGAAGUUUCCUCCCCCACGGGGGCGGACGCUCUCUGGCCGCCAUGUUGUUGAAUGAUGCUGUGAACGAACGCAGAGACAAAGCGGGAUCAGACGACCCGCCAUCUGCCGCCGUGAGGGGAGGAGUCACAACCCGAUGCCUUACAUUUUUACCUCUGUGUGUUUUUGAUCCUUUAGGAAAAGUGUGCAGUGCUAAAAAAAAUCUGUUGGAAAUUAGGGGAUUAUUAAUCUGAUGUGAUUUUUAAAUGGGGGGGGGGGGUAAACCACUGAUGUGGGUGAUGUCCACUAGCUUCUCUCUAAACUCUGCUGCUUUUAUUUUUAUUUUAACGUAUUUAAGCGUUUUUCAGCUUUUUUUUAUGACUUUGAUUGAUGGAUGUAAUUUAAAGUCAGUCAGCACUGAAACCAUGAACACUAAACUGUGACGUAUGAUGCCUUCAGGGGCCUCUGGAGAAAAUCAGCCACUUUAAGCUGGUUUGGUGACUUUCAUUUGGAAAGAUGUCAAAAAUUAGCAGCAAUAUUUAUGGUUAUUUAGAGAAAAAUAAGGUUUAUUGUUUUAAUUCAUUCAUUUAUACUAAUCUGACUUUGUUAAAUAGUUAUUUUGCAAACUAAAUAUUUAUUAAACAAAGUUAGACUUUUAUAAAUUAAUGAAUUACAAAGUGAAAAAAUGAGCUAAAAAAAAUAAGCCCUUAUUUUUUUUUCUAAAUAACCAUAAAUAUUGCUGCUUAUUUUUGACAAACGGCGCCGCAUACGAGACGAUUGGGUUUCAGGAGUCGGUAGUGAAAUGUCGGAUGAUGAAGAUGAUGAUGAUGAAGAACACAUGAGACGCCAUCUUUUAUAAAGAAACCUGCAGUGAACCGCGUGGCUGUGUUUCAUUUAUGCUAACGUCUACGUUUCUUUUAAUAAAACUGUAAAAUCUUUAGAACGGAGCAGAUAUUUAAUCUAACAAAGCUACAUCCUCACAGAUUAACGUCUUUGAACUUUAAUCUAAGUUAAAGAAAGCUAAACAUAUUGAUUUUUAAUCUCAGUUUAUGCACCAUCUUCCCCGAUGGCUGUGAAGGAUCGAUCAAUCCACACUGAGAAGCAAUGAGUCAUGGGAAUGUAGCCAGCAGCAAUAAAAACUUUAU